AUGGCGCAGGAGACCGAGAUCUCGCGACUCCGGGCGGAGACGGUCGAUGUGCGCAAGCAGGUGGCCCGCGUCGGCACCGACGGCGACGGCGCCCUCGUGGAGGACGUGGCGGCGCAGCUCCAGCGCGAGCAGGAGUCUGCGCAGUUCGGGUUCGAGGGGGGCGACGCGAAGGGGAACGAGAGCGAGAUGGCGCAGUUCGCGAUGCUGGAAGGCUGGUGCUUCGAGCGGGACUGGCGCGUGACGGAGGCGCGCGCGGCCGCCUCUCACAGCGCGCAGGCGCAAGCCUUCUCCGACCUCCAGGCGUGCCUGCGGGGCGCGGAGGGUACCCUCGAG